AUGUCUCACUGUGGAGACCUGUGCAUACCAUACGGCAGCCCAUGUGAGGUGACCUGCCCUCAGCCCUUGGCCAACACCCGCAAGGAGCUGUGCGUGACAUCCUGUGAUGACUCCAGAGCUGUCAUCUACCCACCACCCAUCGUCCUGACUUUCCCAGGACCAGUUCUCAGCUCUUGCCCACAGGAAAGCGUUGUGGGCAGCUGUGGACCGCUCGGCGUUGGCGGCCCGUUUGGUUCUGGGGACCAUCUUGGUUACGAGGGCUAUGGAAAUGCCGUUGGCUUACAGGGCUCCAUUCUUUUUGGAGGCUCCAAGGCUUUUGGCAUCUUCUGUGUAUAUCUUCCCAUCUAUGCAUUUAUUGUGCUGUUCCUGGGGCUGGGCUGGACACUCAGUUACAAAAAAGGCUUUGUGCACUACAAGUAUUGA